AUGUACGUCGGCAACAUCCUGACCAACCUGGUGCUGGUGAACAAGUUCUUGGAGACGGACGACUACUCCGUGUACGGCUUGGGCGUGUUGAGGGAUCUCCUAUUCGGGCGUAGCUGGAUGGAGUCGGGCAAUUUUCCCCGCGUCACCUUGUGUGAUUUCGAGGUGCGCGUGCUCGGGAACAACCAGCGGCAUUCAGUGCAGUGCGUGCUGGUGAUCAACAUCUUCAACGAGAAGAUCUUCAUCCUCAUUUGGCUGUGGUUCACGCUCCUGUUCAUCGCCUCAACCCUCGACAUGCUCUACUGGUUCAGCAUCUCGCUUUUCCACCGGGACAGGUUCCGCUUCGUGCUGCGGCACCUGGAGCUGACCAGCGACCCCGACAAGCCCGAGCUGUUCAGGAAGGAGAAGCGGAAACAAGUCGAGCACUUUUUGAGGACCUAUUUGAAGGUCGAUGGGGUGUUAGUUUUACGGAUGAUUGCCCUGCACGCCGGGGUGAUGUUCUGCACCGAGAUCACGGACGCGCUAUGGAAAAGAUACCUCUCCCAACACCCCGAGAAUUUGAUAGACGAAGACUCGAGCUUGAUAAGCUUUGCCAGGGCCCAAUCGAUCCGCCGAAAACGGCACGAGAGCCCUGGCGGUGGUGGCACUGAACCGAAUACUCAUGCUCGUCUGGGGCGGAUACUCAGCCACCGGACGGGCGGUAGCUUUCGCCUCAACCGUACGCAAAGCACCAACCGGUCGCUCAACACGGAUUCGACGGGCGCGCCGAGUGUCCCCGGAGCCGCUACUAAAUCAGUCACUCGGCCAGCCAGCGCCCUUGGCCGUGUGAAGCCGCGGCGGACCGUCGUCACCAUCAGCAGCCCCAACCAAGAGGACCCGACGGCCGCCGCCGAGAGCAAUCUCGACGACAAUGCGAAGAAGGACAGCGUCGCCCUGAUGGUG